AUGGAGGCAUUCGAUGAAAAUUUUGACAAUCGAAUUGAGCUUACUGAAAUGGCUAAAAUUUUACCAACUGAAGAAAAUUUUAUUCUGUUGUUUCAUCGGGAUAAUCCAUUGGAUUCAAGUGUUGAAUUUAUGAGAGUGUGGAAACGUUUUGAUAAAGAUAGAAGUGGAUAUAUUGAAGCUGAUGAAUUGAAAUCAUUUCUUCUACACUUAUUGAAAGAAGCAAAACCGGAAACUAAUAUUGAAGAAGGAAAAUUAAUUGAGUAUACUUCAUCCAUCCUCCAGUUAUUCGAUCAAAAUAAAGAUGGUAAACUUCAACUCAGUGAAAUGGCAAGACUACUUCCUGUUAAAGAGAAUUAUUUAUGCAGACCAAUUUUCAAGAAUGCUUCGAAAAUUACAUCAGCUGAUAUUGAUCGAGCAUUUUCACUUUAUGAUCUUGAUGCAAAUGGUACAAUAGAAGAUGAAGAACUAUCAGGAUUCCUUAAAGAUUUAUUGGAAUUAGCUCAAGAAGAUUAUGAUGAAGCUGAUUUGGAAUUUUUUAAAAAAGUCAUAUUAAAUCAAUGGGAUGUAAAUAAUGAUGGGAAAAUUAAUCGUGAUGAAUUAAAAAUGAUGCUUAUGCAACAAUCUCGUCUGUUAGGUGAUAGAUUAUGA